AAAAAAACCAUGACAUGGUCUGACCGAMUUAUAAACAGCCGAAAACCGUACGGAAAAACAUGCCAAACGGGCCUGAGCCAAUUGGCACCUUCGGGUCAAUGCUGUUAUUCUCGCCAAGUUGCCCGCCAAGUAAGUAGGAAGAACCGAAGAACUGAAGAUGAGAGUUUCAUCCCCAGCAGAUCUAAUAUCACGUCUACGUCUACAUGAUUGAUUAAAAGUUUUUCAGGUAUCAUACGUUUCCGGUAUGGAGUGGAGGAGUGCCUCACUGCCUCAAUCUCACUUACAGUUUCAACCAGUAACCGAUAUCUACUUAUUACUGGUUACGAGUUAUGACAAUCGCAUGAACCACGACUGACAAGCGGAAACGCGAAGCUCUGCACGGUCUACCGUGCACCCUCCUCAGUCCUCACAUCUAAAAUCGAGAAAUUUUCGCGCGAACAAAGCACAGAGAACGUCCGCCACCUAAAAGCAAAACCCUAAAAUCGUUUUUCUAUACUGUCAACGAAUGAACAGGGCCUUACCCGAUGAAUUGGUGGGGGAGGGAAUUUAUUACCAAAUUGUGAUACAUGAAUGGAGAUGAAGAACUAUGGUGCUACUACUAGACUACUACUGCUGCUGCAGUGUUUAGUCAUUUCUGUUUUAGUGCACUAUUGCUUUUUUCCAGGGCUCAUAUAUGAUGAUGGCCACAAGAUUGUCAGUGAUCCGUGGCCAUCCAGUAAACAAUAUACAUACAUCUUCUAGGUGUUUGAGAUCAAGAUUUCUUGUUCUGGCUUGCCUUCACAAGACUGCAUUCGCAUCAACUUGCAGACUCUUUCCCCAGCUUUGUUUCUCUCAUGUAUCUGCACCUUCUUCAGUAAACAGUCCCAAGAGGAUGAUAUGGUCUGUUAGGAGCAGUGUUGAUGGUAGUGGAGUGGAACCUCCUGGGAGUAGCACCAAUGGGGGCACUCGACUUGUUAGAGCCAUUCAAACUUUUCAAAUCAAGUUAAAUGCAAGAUUUCAGGAGUUGAGGAAAGGGCUUCCACUGAAAAUAUUGUUUUUCUUGGUGGGCUUCUAUUGUGCAACUGCCUUUGCCACUGUUAUAGGGCAAACGGGUGAUUGGGACAUCCUCUCUGCUGGAUUGGCUGUAGUUGUGGUUGAAGGGAUAGGAGCCCUUAUGUAUAGGAGCUCUUUUCCUUUGUUUGACAAGAUUAGGAGUCUGAUCACUAUUUUUAAUUAUUGGAAGACUGGGCUUUCUUUGGGUCUUUUCUUGGAUGCAUUUAAAUAUGAAAUGGAUAAUAUUCUUGGGUUUUGUAAUCCCUUCAAUUUUGAAAUAGAUUUGUUUCCCACAUUCUUGUAAUAUCCUUUUCGAAAGCUGUUUACUGAUGUGCUUUUUA